CCAAGAUCAUCUUCAGCAUCUGCACAGGCGGCGGCGCGGUGUUGCCGUGCUUAGUUCCGUCGAAGUCGCCGAAAGUAGUGCGUGAUCUGGUUGCGCGAAUGGCUGAGCGUGGGCUGCACAUGCCAAACCUGCAGAAGGCGUGGACAGAUUGUGACUGCUGCAACCCUGUAGGCGCUGGCGAUGAUGAGGCCGAGCGAGUCGCGAGCAAAAAGUUCACCUUGACCCGCAUCGCGCUCGCAUCGCUCAUUCCAGAAGACAACUUGUUGGCAAGGCAGGAGUUUGAGCUUUAUCUUGAUGAGUGGCACUUGCUGGAGCGCUUUCGGAGGCUUCUAACGGUUGCGCACCCGGAUGGGGAGAAGGCUUUAGCAGAUGCGAGUCGUGCUAUCAACGUGUGGUCGGCAGAUGACUGGGAGAAUUUGCGCGAUUAUUAUCGACUCGGGAAAAAAGUGAAAGAAGACCAGCUACACAAACACAUCACCAAGGCUGACAUAAUGA